CCCCUCCUCCCCCCCACCCCGGGGAGGGCUGCUACAAUUUGUGGUUACAGCUUUACACGUCAGAAAAAAAAAAAAAAAAGUUUGCAGAAUGUCCCACACCGAAAAAAAAAAUGCGAAACCGAGAGAAAAAAACCUGCGAGUGGGCCUGGCGGAUGGGAUUAUUAAAGCUUCGCCGGAGCCGCGGCUCGCCCUCCCACUCCGCCAGCCUCCGGGAGAGGAGCCGCGCCCGGCCGGCCCGGCCCCCAGCCCCAUGGACCUCCGAGCAGGGGACUCGUGGGGGAUGUUAGCUUGCCUGUGCACCGUGCUCUGGCACCUCCCUGCAGUGCCAGCUCUCAAUCGCACAGGGGACCCAGGGCCUGGCCCCUCCAUCCAGAAAACCUAUGACCUCACCCGCUACUUGGAGCAUCAACUCCGGAGCUUGGCUGGGACCUACCUGAACUACCUGGGGCCCCCUUUCAACGAGCCUGACUUCAACCCUCCUCGGCUAGGGGCAGAGAGUCUGCCCCGGGCCACUGUCAACUUGGAAGUGUGGCGAAGCCUCAAUGACAAACUGCGGCUGACCCAGAACUACGAGGCGUACAGCCACCUCCUGUGUUACUUGCGUGGCCUUAACCGUCAGGCUGCCACAGCUGAGCUUCGGCGCAGCCUGGCCCAUUUCUGCACCAGCCUCCAGGGCCUGCUAGGCAGCAUCGCAGGCGUCAUGGCAGCUCUAGGCUACCCACUGCCCCAGCCUCUGCCAGGGACUGAGCCGGCCUGGGCCCCUGGCCCUGCCCACAGCGACUUCCUCCAGAAGAUGGAUGACUUCUGGCUGUUGAAGGAGCUGCAGACCUGGCUGUGGCGUUCAGCCAAAGACUUCAACCGGCUAAAGAAGAAGAUACAACCUCCAGCAGCCGCAGUCACCCUGCGCCUGGAGGCCCAUGGCUUCUGAUCUCUGACCCUUACCCUCCCACCCGGUCAACUGUGUUUCUGUUCUUGGGCGGGGGAGAAACCGCGUGUUGAGCUUGUUGAGGCAGGAGACAGUGGGAGCACCGGCCCUCCGCAGCCUUUGAUGGGGAGUGUGAUGCGAUAAGCCCUGUCCCCUGCCUAGCUCCCAGAGUCCUACAGGUCUGGGGAAAAAGUGCAGUGGGCACCACCUGUUCACAGAGGUAACCUGAGGGAGCCAAAUGGCUCUGUGGGUUCUCUGCCUCCUGCUUUCUGCUCACCACUUACCAGUGACCACCUAGUUCCUCAUGUGGCACUUGCAGAAGCACACUUGGAGGGCAUGGAUGGGGGUCACCAUAGCAUGUGCCUUUCUGUGGUAAAGCCCCUCAGCUGUCCACCUCUCCUAAUGAGUGUUGCUCUCCUACCCCUAUAAUUACAUACCCAGUUCAAGAAAGAACCGGGAAGACCGAUCUAAAGAAGAGAGAUAAAAAGUGGAGGGGAUGGAGUCUGUGCUGGGGGUAACCUAGAAACCAGAAGACAGAAUACUAAGAGAGCAGCAGCGACAGACCAGACCCAGCAGUCACCGAGGCAGUUGGUGCCACUGAGUAGAAAACUCAACCCGUGUUGAACAUCAGGACCUUGCCUUGAAUUUUCUUGCCAGCAUUUCGGUGCCUCCUCUCCGCCCCCUUUCCCAGGGUAUCUGUGGUUGCCUGAGCUGGGGAGGGCAGCCACAGCCACAGCCACAGGGUUUCCUGAAAGUUUACAUUGCAGUAGCAUUGUGGGGUGAGGGGGGAUGGCUCCCCCAGGCCCUAUCCCCAGCCCCACCCACUCACGACUCUAAGUUUGUUGUAUUAAUAUUUAUUUAUUUGGAGAUGUUAUUUAUUAGAUGAUAUUUAUUGCAGAAUUUCUAUUCUUGUAUUAACAAAUAAAAUGCUUUCCCCAGAACUUCA